AUGCAACUAUUUAUCAAGACCCUAUCAGGUCAUUCCUUCCCUAUCGACGUUGAAUGCACAGACUCUAUCGAAAAAAUUAAAGAACUGGUGAAUGAAAAACAAGGAAUACCUCCACCAAGUCAACGAUUGAUUUUAAAUGGCAAAAAACUUGAAGAUGGAAAAACAAUUCAAGAUUAUGAAAUGAAACAGGAUAGUACCAUUUACUUGGCUUUGAGUUGGAGAGAUACUAUCACUUUGGAAGUCGAAUCCAAUGAUACUAUUGAAAAUGUCAAGUCUAAGAUUCAAGAUAAGGAAGGAAUCCCACCAGAUCAACAACGUUUAAUUUUUGCUGGUAAACAAUUAGAAGAUGGAAGAACAUUAUCUGAUUAUAAUAUUCAAAAGGAAUCAACCCUUCACUUGGUCCUCAGAUUGAGAGGUGGUAUGCAAAUCUUUGUCAAAACUUUGACUGGUAAGACUAUCACUUUGGAAGUUGAAUCAAAUGACACUAUUGAAAAUGUCAAGUCUAAAAUUCAAGACAAGGAAGGUAUUCCACCAGAUCAACAAAGACUUAUCUUUGCUGGUAAACAAUUGGAAGAUGGAAGAACAUUAUCUGAUUAUAACAUUCAAAAAGAAUCAACUUUGCAUUUAGUUUUGAGAUUAAGAGGUGGUAUGCAAAUUUUCGUCAAAACUUUAACAGGAAAGACAAUUACAUUGGAAGUCGAGUCCAAUGAUACAAUUGAAAAUGUUAAAUCAAAGAUUCAAGAUAAGGAAGGUAUUCCACCAGAUCAACAAAGAUUGAUUUUUGCUGGUAAACAAUUAGAAGAUGGAAGAACAUUAUCUGAUUAUAAUAUUCAAAAGGAAUCAACUCUUCAUCUUGUUUUGAGAUUAAGAGGUGGUAAUUAA